CGUUUGGCGAUUUAGUGUGAAGUAGGCUGUCUAUGAAGGUGGUUCAUUUGUUGUGGUUGUUUCAGUUUGCUUGUUAUGUAUACUUUGUGACCACGAAUGUCAAGCGUUACGUGAAAAUAUGUUAACCGACGAGAAUAAGUGGUGGUGGACCUAAACCAAGUCUUUACACAAGCAUUUUGUCAUUGGUUUCGGUGUUUAUUACAUUCAUGAUCAAGGUUUGGCAUUUCCGUCUCCUGCGCUGAGGAAUGUUUGUGUGCUUAUGCAUGAUUUAACAAUUACUGCGAUAUUUCGAGAGCCGUUAGUCACUUUUUUAACAUAAGUCCCUGGAAUUAAGCAUCUCAGUUUCCUGUGACCUUCAACAAUGCACGGGAAAUCGUGGCUUCGGUCCGGAAGAAAGGCCACCUUCCGGAACAAAGAUGUCGAGACGAAUUUCAAUCGAUAUGAUUAUGUCUGAACGGGACUGUUCGCCAGCAGGCAGAAGAAAUGAGUACAGAUCGUCGUUACUCAAAACGGAGAGCGAUGCGGCUCGUGACGCCCUCGUGAUAUGGUCACCAUGAGUUCCGAGAAGGCGGCCGCCCGGCGCAAGGCAGACUCCAGUAAUGGUGGCCAAGCGGGGCCAGCAGCGGGGUCCGGGGCUCCGGUGGCGGCAGCCUCGAACAAUGAGGAGUCCCCAAACCUGAUUGUAUAUAAAAAAAUGGAACAGAUUGUCGAGAAAAUGCAGGACGAAGCAUCCGGUGUCCCAGUCAAGACUGUCAAGAGUUUCAUGUCAAAAAUUCCCUCAGUUUUUACGGGUUCUGAUCUCAUCAUGUGGAUGAUGAAGAAUUUAGAUGUUGAAGAUCAAGCUGAAGCUUUGCACCUGGGCCACCUGAUGGCAGCACAUGGUUAUUUCUUUCCCAUCGAUGAUCACAUGUUAACAGUAAAACAUGACAACACAUUCUACCGCUUUCAGACGCCAUACUUCUGGCCAUCUAAUUGCUGGGAGCCAGAAAACACAGAUUAUGCUGUGUACCUCUGCAAGCGAACCAUGCAGAACAAGACACGGUUGGAACUAGCGGACUACGAGGCAGAGAACCUUGCUCGGCUCCAGAAGAUGUUCUCACGCAAAUGGGAGUUCAUCUUUAUGCAGGCAGAGGCUCAAAGUAAGGUGGACAAGAAGCGGGACAAGUUAGAGCGCAAGGUGUUGGACAGCCAGGAACGGGCCUUCUGGGACGUCCAUCGCCCGAUGCCUGGCUGUGUGAACACAACGGAGGUUGAUAUUAAGAAGGCUUGCCGGGUAAAUAAGCCAUUCAAGAGCAGUCGACACUUACAGCUGGGUGUGGCAGGGGGUCGCAUAUCUCCAUCGGCAUCAGAAACUGAGUUGGCUAGUCCAACAGAGGCCAUAAAACGCCACAUAGCCAUGUUGAAACAGCGAUUGGACCGACGCAACAUUAAGAUCUCCAAAGUUGCUGAAGCGUGUAUCGGCUACUUUGAACAAUACGCGGAGUAUGAUCCCUUCUUCACUUCACCAGAGCUCCCUAACCCUUGGAUAACAGACAAUCUUGAGUUCUGGGAGCAGGAGAAGAUAGCGAAGGACAUCCCGGCACGAAGGGUAAAGCGCUGGGCUUUCAGUCUGCAGGAACUGUUGCAGGAUCCUGUUGGACGAGAACACUUUGUCAAGUUCCUUGACAAGGAGUUCAGCGGUGAGAACCUCAAGUUCUGGGAAGCUGUGCAGCAGCUGAAGGCACUGCCUCAGAAGGAUGUACAAGAUAAAGUGGACGAGAUAUGGACCGAGUUUCUAGCACCUGAUGCUAGCUGUCCCAUCAAUGUGGACUCGCAGUCAUAUGAAAUAACGAAGAGGAAUGUGGAAAAUCCUGAUCGGUGGAGUUUUGAUGUGGCAGCGGCCCAUGUGUACCACUUGAUGAAGAGUGAUACUUACUCCAGGUACCUGAGAUCAGAGAUGUAUAAAGAAUUUUUAAAUGGAUCAAAGAAAAAGACUUCAGUGAAGGGUAUCCGAUCAAUAGUGUCAUUCUCAGCCCGCAAAGAGACGGCCACAUCCUAGUCUGAGUAUGUGCUCUCGACGAGACCCGUCCACAAGGCGGGCAGGUCACUGCAGAUGUCCAGCUGCUUUCCUGUUGUGCCAGUUUUGAUUGUGUACAGUGUGAAUCCUCCAGUUACAACAGGUUUGACAACAAAGGCCAUUUCAAAGGAAACAGGAAUUAUUAACACAUUCCUUUAAAAGUCUCCUCCCUCCCUUCACAUCGUCACCAAUUAAUUGGGAGUGAGAAAUCCAACUAAGAUGUCAUGUUGGCAAUUCAUCACUGUCAUUGUAUAGACCCAUGAAACAAAAAUUGUCAUUGGAAUGAGUGACCAGUGUGAUUUUGUGAUCAUCAGUUAUGAGUCCAAAACAAAAGUCAAAAUGUACAGCUUAUUGAUCAAAGGAUACUGCUAUCAAAUUAUUUGAGGUAUAUUUUAUGCCGGUAAUAAUGAACUUAUGCCCCUGAUAUUAAAUUUGCAUCCUGCUUGGAAAUAAUGCAUUACUACAUAUUUUCCUGCUUAUCAUGUAUAAUUACUGAAUAAGGCCAUUUACAUUUUCCUUAUAUUUUCUGAGUAAAAGUAGUCAGUCCAAAAUUAAGUUUUUUGAAGACAAUUUAAAUGUUUUCUUAUCAGAAGACAUGUCCAGUUGUUUUAUAUUGCAAGUUUCAUUGUAACCAUCUGGCGUAGUACUGCAUUGCUUUUGACAGCUUUAAUUCCUCUGAAAAUAAGUAUCUAUCAGUGGAAAGCGCAGGGCGGGGUCUCAGCCACUGAUACAAACAUUCAUUCUUCGAUGUUUUCUCUCUGUGCUAUUUAUUAAUGAUAUUGAAAUAAAAAUCGAUAUUGUUUAUGAGAAAUUAACUAUAAAGAACUGACAAAUGAUAUAACCAAAAAUGGGGGUGAUGUUGAACUGGGAAUAUAGAAUUAAUAAAACAACACAUCGAGGUAAAAUAUUUUUACUAACUUAAGGUCAGUAUGUUAAAAUGUAACUUGCAGAUACUUCCAUUCUUAUGCUGAGUAUGGGAAUAUUUUUCUUCAUGCGUAUUACUUUGUCGUGCCAGAAGAUAUGAUGUAAUGCAUUUGUCCUUUGAGAAAUAAUGCCACAAAUAACAUUGUUACUAACAGUGUUUGAGUAAAGUGAGGAAAUACACAGAAAAUUUAAGAUUUGGUUUAUUGGUGAGGAAGUUCCUUGUGUAGGAUGAGAAGGGUACAACACCAUAAAUAAUACGUAGUUCGUUAAUAUACAGACAGUGUUAUAAUACAAAAUACUCUCAUUCUGGCAGAGUUUGAAGUACACGUGUGUACUUACAUGUGACUCCAACAAACAAAUGCAAAAUAAACAUUAAUUCGAUGGCAAUAGAGCAUAUCUUAGGUUAGGUUGCUAUAGAUACAUGUUCUGUGAUUGCGGGUGUGGCCACCAUCAGUUGUUUUCAUUUUCUUACCUUUCUGUAAAGGUUAAAUGACCUCAAAGAGGAAAGAAAACUUGUCUGCAGUCAUCUCAUGAUUGUCUUCCACAUGUGUGGUUGUGCCAUAUUCUUUAAAAAAAGGACUGCCUUUGCAUAUUGCCAAAGAUGAUAUUCAGUGCCAGUGAAAUUUUAAUAAUAAAUGGAAUACGUUUUAUAGAACACAGAUAUCUGUGUUAACAGAUAUCUUUAUUAUCCAUCCUUAUUAAAAGCAAUGUAAAUUUGUGUUUUCCAUAUUGAAUGUGUUAAUCCCACAGCUGUCUAAAUUUAAGAACAAACACUUUGAGAUACAUUACACAGAAAGUAGUGUGAACUAUAAAGGUCCAACCAUGAUUGAAAGGUCUUGAAAUGGCAUAGGUUGAUUAUAAAUUCAGAACUACAUGAUGAGGGAGACAGCAAAACUUCUGAAUGAAAGUAUACUGAAAUGGGUAAGAAUAAUGAAUGGUUUGUAAACACAGCACACUGUGUGCUAAACACUGCCAUGAUUAACGUAAAGGAUAUGAGAAAGAAGGAGAACUUACAAGAGCAUGGAAGCUCACAAACCUGAUGUACACAUCGUCCAUCUUUCUUUAAAUUGUAUCUGCAACAUCUUUCUUGUUUUAUAUGUAUUAACCUAGUCGAGGUUUUUUCUUGAUGCCAUAAUUAAAAAUGUUUAGUCUUGUUCUAUGUGAUAUGAAGAAUGCAGAUGUGAUGUUAACUCUCCCAUUUCAGGAUAGAAACUUGGAUACUUGUAACCCUUCCAGGCAGAUCCUUUUGCUGAUGAUCAUGAGUUGACUGUUAACAUUUCUUUGCGAAUAAUAUUUAUUAUUGAUUGGAUAUGAAUAUUGUUACUUUCUCAGCAAUAUUUUACUGUGUAAGUUAUUGUUUAUGUCCAGAAAUGGCAUUAUUAGAGGUAUUACUGCAUCUCUUUUUUUAUUUAUUUAUAGUGUGCAGUUUUUAACAUGUGAAAUGAAUUGUUCAAAGUAGGGAAUAUUUCCCUGUAGGAGUAAUGUCAGACAGGAUAGCAGUUGUCAUUUCAUAUUCUGUUUAGUCAGCGUUUUAUGUGUGUGCUUCUACAAAAUCAUAAUGUGGUGAUACAGAGAAUGUUUGCAUUGUGAGGUUGUGAACAGCAUCACAGUAAGGUGAUUGUACUUAACAUUUCCUUGCCCCAACUUUGGGCCAGAACACGUCUGAAAUGCCAUGUUCUUCAUUAGUGCUGUAUGAUAAAAUAUUGGUGAUUAUCUUCUUUUUAUAUUUUUUAACUUCUGUUAAUUCAGUAGAACUUAGUUGUGCAAUAUUAGCAGACUUCAUACUGAACUGUACUGUGAUUGGUAUCAUUCAUUAUAGUACAAUGAGGAAAUCUUGAUGCCAUUAGCAAAACUACCAGUACUUCAUUAAUAGUAAUAUAUUACAUUCAUAGUGAUCAACUCUUUGAAGCAUGAAGCAAAUUUAAAUAAUAUUUACAAAUUCACUUCAUUCCUCAGAGGAAAAACAACACAUUUCCAUUACAAACAUUAGUUAGUGCUGUUUAGGAAAUAAUUGCUCUUUAUUCAGAAAGUCAUAGGAAGCCAAUAGAUAUCAUAUGUGGGCAAAAUGCAAGGUUACUGAAUGUUAGAUCAGGUGGUAUUUAUAACUGCUGUGGGCUUUUUAAUGGUCAGAGUGUAGUUGCUAGUUCAGUGAGCAUAUUUACUCCUCAUAUAGACACAUUUUGCAUGUGUUACUGCACAUCAUGUUCAAUUAGCAGUUUCAAUUUGGAAUUGGUAAGUGGAUUCCAUUUUGUUUGUGAGUUCAUUGGUUUGUAUUUCUAAAUGUAAUCACAGAAUGUUCAUACUUCAGAGAGUAUGUAAACACAUGUUCCAGUUGUUCAUUGAUUCAGUGAAUCAGUACUUGCCACCAUAUUUGAUUUACAAAGAAGGGUUUUAACAUUAAGACAGUAUUUUUAUACCAAUAUUGAUGAUUUACAUUGUGAAUAUUCAGUGUGUGUGAUUUGAUAUCCAUCCGUAACUUUGUUCCAGUGGGACUUCAAUGUGGUAAGUUCUUUAUACACAGAUUUAUAUGUAUUUGUCAUAAAAAAAAUCCGUUCCUUUUUAACUGUUAACAUUUUGAUAUGAAGCAUAACCUUACUAACUAGUGUAUCAGAUUUAAUUUAGGGAUACCUUCUGGCCAACAUUAGAAGUGUCAUGGUGAAUUGGAGAAAUAACUUGAAUUAUAUAAUGAGUACAGUUUGAAUUGCAUAUAAAGCAUGGUUACUGAUUCAAGAAAUGUUUUCUAUCAAACAAAAACAAGUAUGUUUCAUCAUAUUAACGUGUGAUCAAGCAUUAGAACAUAUAUUAAAAUAUUAUUCUGGAGUAAAUUAUAAUGCUUUAAAUUAAUAUGAAAUGACAAGUACAUUUUUGACAUCUAUUUUGAAACCAUUCAGAUUUGACAUGGGAUUUUAAAAAUUGUCUGUUAAUAUUUGGUUUGUAGUAAAAUGUAAACCCUAUUAACUUCAGUUCUUUGGUGAUGGUUCAUGAAAUUCAUUAAUCAAAUAAUGGGUGUGAUUGAUUGUACAUUGAUAAGACAGGGUUACUAACUGCUCACUCCUGUCUGAUAUUACCCAUUAUCAUGUUCUACCUUCAUGUGGCCAUUUCAGCAGUCUUAUGUGCCAGUACUAGCUGGCAGUUGUAAGUUGUUUAUCACCAUAUUGUCAUACAGAUUUUAGACUGCUUCUGUUUGCUACAAAGAGCAUCUUCAAUUCUGCACUUGCUGUUCUUGGUUUAUCAGCAACACAUCAGGGCUACCAAUGAUUAUUGGUCUUGCACUUUUUAUUUUAUUUUUUAGGUUAAAAUUAUUCAGGGCAUGAACACAUUGGUUUAAAGAAAACAAGAUUAUGAAGGUAGGAGCAUAAGUAUUUUUAAGAUGUUUUCUGCAAUUUUGCGUAUGUUUGCUCUAGUGUUCAUUUAUUGCUAACAGAAGUUUCCUGUUACAAAGCUAAUCACACAGUGUAGUUUUCCUUUAAUUUUCUUAAAUACUCACUUAUCAAAAGCUUUUCUUACAUGUUUAAAGUUUCAGAUAUUGAUGAGGUCUGUGUCAUAUUUCAUAUACGUAUCUUUGAUACUGUGAACUCAUUUUGAUAAAAAUUUAUGAGUAUGGGGUUGCAAAAUUGAAUUGACAAUUUUUUUAAUUUUUUUUUGUAUCUGCAAUACAAAAUGUGUUUUAUUCAUUUGUCAUUGUACCCAAAUUGGAGAGAAGUGUCCUGUGUUUGCAUAUAAAUUGCCAUUAUUAUUGUUGUGUUAUAUGAGGAAUGUUAGAUCAAUGCAAUGUAUGGUUAUGAUUUUCCUGCAUCAAAUGCUGCAAGUCCAGAAAUUAUAAGUUCACCUUUAAAUGUAUAUAUUUACAACUUUUCUGCCAUUAUUAGUUUUUAUUGCCAUCAUUAUUUGCAUCGAUAGUUUCAUCAAAUCAUACCGUCUGCAACUCGUAACUUCUGUACUUUUAAAGUAGGUGCCAGUAGACAGGAAAUUUCUUUUGUUUUCUUUUAAAUCAUUCUUAGCCCUGACCUUUAAGAGUUGUUAAAAGUUUUCUAAGUGUCAGUGGGUUGAUAUGAGUUGGACAACUGCUCUUUGGAAGCACUGCAUGAUGUUACUAUCUUCUCAACAUUUUCUCAUCUAAGUUUCAUGUCCACCUGUUCCCUGCCACUUUUUAACUGCAGCUCCAUCACACCUUUGUUGCUUACAAAUAGAAUUAUCUGUACUUAAUGUAUACAUAGGCCUGUGCCUUGUAACAGCAAUUCUGGAAACAUUUGAUCAAUAAGUUACGUUAGACUCGAAGCUGCAGUAAAGAGAGGUCAUGGAGAGCAUCUGAGUUUCAGAUGUUAGAAGUGGUGUAGUAUUACAAAAAUGAUCAGUUACUUGUGCAUCUUUUAUUCACAGAAUAUUUUAGUAGUUCCAUUAUUUACCAACAGAGGUCUGUAGUUGUGCUAGCGAUCUAAAACAAAUACCUUACCUCAUGUUUGAGCACUUUUAUAUUUUUCUGACAAGUCGGAGUUCGGAUACGUUUUAUGUUAAGUUAAUUUAAUGAAAUGAGUUACUUGUGCUUUUGUAGUAAGCAGAACUUUCUUUUUGGCAGUACACCGGUAUGUCAUACAGGCAUCUUUUUUAUUGGUGAUAUCUGUAAAAAAUAUAAGAAAGUUCUUCAGCUUUUGUCCUCUAAUCUCAUUUUGACUAGUCUGAUCCUGUAAAUUUGGUUUUCUUGAAAUCAGUAUCGCUGUUACAUGUGGACAGCCUGUACAUAUUUUCUUUCAUUUACCUUAAUUUGGUGCUCUAACCUUGGUUACACAAGAGACAAUCUCAAUAAUGAGUUGCUUUUGGCUAUUUCUUAGCACGUAGUUCAGUGAAUGUUGCUGUGUUUGUACCAUUCAAGUGAAACACAAGUUUUCUUGUGUUUUUAAUUUUGACAUAAUUUCAGAUUGAGCAAAUAUUUAUCAGUCUGGAAUUCACUUUACGCAAAGAUGGUUUUUCAGGCUGCUGAAAAGGAAAUUAUUUCACCACAUUCUGAGCACUUAAAUAUAAAUUCAUUGAACAUACAAAUCCGUACGUACAUAUUAACGGUCUCUAGGUUGUGCCAAUUUUAUAAACAUUAAUAUUUUAGUCUUCUGUUCUUAAAUUUAUGUGGCAGACCAAAGGUUUCUCACCACUGGUCUAAUUGAUGUUGAGUGCAAUCUGAAACGGAAUUUUAUUUAAAUUUCCCUAAAAGUAUAUUUUUGUAUCGUAAUGUUCCCAUUUGUCAUUUGCACCAGAUGAUGUAUAUUGGAUAUGGUAACUGCCCAAAAUGUUGUGCCAAUGUUAGAGCACCUAAAUAAUAUUCUUGUAUCUUGCCAUCACAUUUUGUUGAUAUCACAGUAGUCAUAAAAUGUUCAAUACUCAUGCUUUUUUCACACCUAGUCAUUGAUAAUAGUAUGAACUGUUGUAGAUACUUAAGUUCAUUCCAUUUCUGUCAUUGGACAUUACACGCACAUAAAGGGGAUGGUUGAAUGAACCUCUCUGUAACUUGUUGCAGUCCCCUAAGAGAUCAUGGGUAUUUUUUUUAAAUGUAAGAAAUAUUAAGAAGAAAGUGUUGUAUAUAACUAUAUACAUAUUAUUAAUUAGCUAUUAAAUGAUUUUUUUAAAGUUACAAAAAAAGUUUUGUGUGGCUAUGUGAUAGUAAAGACAAAAGUGGAAACAAACAGAUAAUUGAGGACAUCAACAAGAUGUUUUAAUGUGUAGUAAAAAGUAAAGCUGUCCCACUAUACGCCAUGUAGGCGCUUGGGGAGAGUGGAGGUAUAGCUCCUACUGUGUUUACUACAGAAAAAUCAGAAUUGCACUUGUCUCAAAUACAAUAAAAGAUGAAAAUCAAAUUAUACUAUA